ACAGUUUCUGUUCUCAUGGCUUAGGUGGAAGAGGAGGGAAGAAAGAAGACGUCACCACUGAUGGGCUGUUUCCUUGCCUGACUCAGUUGGCGUGUCCAUUCUGGAUGGCUGCCUUUCCUCAUGGCCUCUUGGAUGGCUCUCCCAUAAGUUCUGGAGGCUGGAAGCCUGACAUGUGCCAGCACGCUUGGAUUCUGGCUCUCCUGGAACAAAGCAGCUUCACGGAGGCAGGAAGGACCGGGCCGCGGGCGCAGGAAUCCCGCCGGGAAGAACGCAUCAGAGCCCGUCGGAGCCUCAGAAGAGAAAGACGAAAGAAACGCGGAAAAGAAGCAAAGGGGGGGCAGGGCUCCGGGGAUUUCACCGCAUUCAGAUGCUGUACGCCUUUCCAGGUUUUGAUGCUCUUCCGAGUACAGCGGAAAAUGAACAAAUCCCAGGAAUGCACUGGUCUGGGAUCCGUGUCAUUCAAGGACGUGACUGUGGACUUUACCUGGGAUGAGUGGCUACAACUGACAGGCACACAGAGGAUGCUGUACCGGGACGUGAUGCUGGAGAACUACAGCCACCUAGUCUCAGUAGGGUGUCGCCUCACCAAACCAGAGGUGAUCUUCAAGUUGGAGCAAGGAGAAGAGCUGUGGCCAUCAAGGGGAGAAUCCCCAGAUCAGGGUGAUCAAGGCAGCCUGCAAAGCUGGCAGUUAGCUGGGCCACAACCAAUGGACUGUACAUUCUUCUCUGGGGAGCCUGGAUGGACAGUGCCACCAAGCUCACUGACCUGGAACAAAGAAGCAGGUGACUUGGGGGCCUCCGACGGGAUAGGGCCUUGGUGUUAAAACUACGUCUUCAUUUUGAUCCACAUGAGAAGGAGUCAGUAAGCCACCGCUUCACUAACUCGAGGAGGAUACAGAAUAUUGGGGGAUCUCACGUGUCCAUGGCCAGGAAGGGUCUGCCUUCUGCUCAGCCCCUGGAAACCCCUCUCAGAGUUCAUGAUCUGCUCACACCCCAAAUUAUGAGGUCACUGGUACAACACCCAGGAGCUCCUGCCCCCCCAACUCACCCCCAAGUCUUUCAGUCCCCCCUUCAGUCCUUACUGCAGCACAGGGAGGCUCAAGUCCCUCUAGUGCUUUCUUUAUGAACUCGGGCCUGUGUUACCUUACACACUUGCCAGGGACAGUUAAAAACUUUUCAUAUAUUGUAUUCCAUCAAGUCUAAAACCAUGAUUUUACGUGCCUCUAGAGAAGAAAAACAGUGGCAUUAAAGAACAUGCCACUGAUCUUACUUUCAGAGAUGUAAUAAUAUGAGAGCACGGACAUGUUUGAAACUGAACAGAUCACACUGCUCCAUCAUCAGAGAGGCAGUCCGGGACCACUUAUGUGUACCAGGCUCUUUCAUGCAUAGGCACUCGGUAAGAAGAAUGUGGUGAAGCAUUGAAACUUUUUGAGUAUUUUACUUAAAAUGCAUACUGUGUAUUUAAAGCUAUAAUGACAAACUACGGUGGGAAUCUUUGUAGGUACCAUUUCCACAAAUACACCAUGAGUAUAUUUUCCUACACAAAACUAUACAACCUACCAGACUUUUCAUUCCUGCUAUGUAGCAUACUCACGAUUAUCUAGAAGAAUGUGGAGGGAAAGUGCUAAGCAACAAAAACAGGUGGCACGAGUGAUUGAAAUACACAGAAAAUAUGGCAUUUCAUCUCAGCCGUAAGGGGUCAAUUAUUCAACUAGAGGCUAUUUGGCUAAUCACUGGAAAGCAAAGGUCCUUACCCUCCACACCUAUGUUGUCAACUCACACUAUAGCGAUGAUCCAUGGAUAACAUAAAUUAACCUAAACAAAAUUUGUCAUGCAUUGUAAAAAGGAAGGUAUACCUGACACUUUAUCAGGCUCUAAAGGUUCUUAGGUCAAUGAUGUAACAAUUCAAGGAAACGUACAUUUAAUUGUUUCAAGUUGAUUUGUAGUGCUCAAACUAUUUACAUCCAAAUUUACAGAAAGUUAAGAUAAAGCUCUCUAUCAGUACUUACUUCUAAAUAGAUGAUUUACCUAAAGUCCACUUCUCAAUUGCAUAAUUCCUACAAAGGUAUAACUUUGUAUCUUCAGUUAUGGCUAACAGAGCAACCAAAAUCAACUGGCAUAAAAGUAAAUUUAGUCUACUACAGAAGAGACAGUCCAGAGGUGGCCCAGCUACAUGGCUGGUUGGUUCAGUGGCUCAACGUCAUCAUCUAGGUCCCAGGUUCUCCUGAUAUUUCUGCUCGGCCAUGCUUAUAAAUUAUAAUCCGUAUUUGAAAGACACAACCAGGCAUCCCAUGCAGAGAAGGCAACGUUCGACAGAAGACUCUACUUCACCCUGCAUGAUUCAUCCCUCGAAUCUUUGAAGGAAUGUUUUCCAGAGAUAACCUGUCAGAUCUCUCCUUUGUUCAUCUGCACAGAACUGGGUCCUGUGACCACUCUAAACCAAUGGCUGGCAAUGAGAAAAGGAUUACCAUUAUUAACUGAAACUAGUCAGGAUCUAUCCCUCAUUCCAUGAGGAGGAAUGGAUACCCAAACUCCGCCAGCGAACAGUAAGAAGUGAGUGACGAGGGUCGUUCACCAACGUCUGCCACAAACCCGUAUGAAGAGUUCUUCAUUCAUUCAGGAAGGAGUAGAGCACAAUAUUUAAAAACAUUAUUAUAUCAAGUAAAAAUACGGAUAAUUACUAAGUUACACAGUAUGUGUGCUCUGCACACUUACACA